AUUUCCGGAGAGGCAACCGUACCCGCCUCGCGCGCUCCUACAAUUCGCCCGGGCUAAUAGGACACAUCCCAUACCGCUGCUCCACCCAACACGGAUAUGGUGUGGGUGUGAGUGAGUGUGUGUGUGUUUGUCGGAGUGGAGAAACGCUCCAGCAAGUAUGCACCAGAGGCGCGCUGAAACUUUCCCAAAGCGCUCGUGAGUUCGGAGUGAGGAUCAAGUCGCGUCAAAACGAUUCUUUUUAAUAGUCAGAAAUGCUCCAAAGAUGGCGGUAGCGUCGGCGGCUUCCGGCAUGCGCGUUCAGAAAAGUGGAUUUUUGGAAGUGCUUGUGCGGGAGCGAUGGCACCGGGUGCUGGCCGAGCUGAGCGACGAGGCGCUCGCGCUGAGCUGCGAGGACGCAGACGGAAGCGGCGACGUGAACGGAGUGGCUAACGGGUCGCGCGCGAGUCCCGACAGUCCCGAGACCGGUGCGAGGACCGGUCCUGGAGCAGACUCGCCCGAGCGCGUGCCAGAGGCCAUCGCCAACAAGAAGCGGUGCGUAAGGGUCGUGAAGCAGGACGUCGGCGGCCUGGGCAUCAGCAUCAAAGGAGGGAAGGAGAACAAGAUGCCGAUACUCAUCAGCAAGAUCUUCAAAGGGCUAGCCGCCGACCAGACGCACGCGCUUUACGUGGGGGACGCGAUCCUGUCGGUGAACAGCGUGAACCUGCGCGACGCCACGCACGACGAGGCUGUGCAGUGCUUAAAGCGAGCCGGCCGUGUGGUCACUCUAGAAGUGAAGUACAUGAGAGAAGCCACACCGUAUGUGAAAAAGGGUUCUCCAGUGGCAGAGAUCGGAUGGGAGACGGCGCCACCCGAAUCGCCGCGGCUCGGCAGCCCCCCCUGCGAACUGCCCCCCAGCCCGCCUUCACUGUCGCUGCAGGGAGACUGCAGAUACAUCCCACUUAAAAUGUGUUACGUCACACAGGCUAUGACUGCACCUGAUCCUGAAAACAGGCACUUGGAGCUCCACUCUCCCGACGCCAGGCACACGGUGGUGUUGAGGUGUUCAGACUCCAGCUCAGCUCAGGCCUGGUUCGAGUCCAUGCAGUCUGCUACCAAUAACAUCAUGAACAAGGUGAUGUCUGAACUCAGCCAAGCAGCCAGGAAUGGAAUCGGGACAAGUCAUGAGAUACGCCACCUCGGCUGGCUGGCAGAAAAGACGGAGAGCGAGAGGCCACGCUGGAAGCCGGUGGUGGUCGCGGUGACCGACAAAGACCUCAUGCUAUAUGACAGCAUGACACGUAUGAAGGAGAACAGGCUGAACCCGGCGCACACAUACCCUCUACUUUCUACACGAUUGGUACACUCUGGUCCAGACAGAGGGUCACCCAAGCCAGGUGGGGAAUUAUCCUUCGCUACACGCACGGGCACUAGGCUGGGCAUCGAGACCCACGUUUUCCGAGCCGAGACCUGUAAAGACCUGUCUCUGUGGACCAGACAUAUUGUCACUGGCUGCCACUCCGCUGCUGAGAUGAUUAAAGAAGUGACUACCAGCUGCAUGUAUAAGGGACAGGACUGCAGGCUGGUCAUUCACUAUGAGCUGGGCUUCUCCGUCCUGCCCGAAGGAGAGCCUUCUCAUGGUCGCCCUCUAUUCAGCUACCCAUUUGAAAAACUAAGAAUGUCUUCAGAUGAUGGGGUGCGGAUGCUCUAUUUGGAUUUCCGAGGCACAGAAGGUGAAAUUCAGCUGGACCUGCACUCAUGUCCCAAACCCAUUGUCUUCAUUCUUCAUUCCUUCCUUUCAGCGAAGAUCUCCAGACUGGGCUUAUUGGCCUAAAAUGAACUUCUGAACUGUAUAAUGAAACUCCCACACAAGGACUCUGUUAGUCCCGGGGGAAGGGAGGUUUUUUGGGGGUGGGGGAGACAGAGUUUCUCUGUGUAUGAUCAGGACAAAAUGAAAAAAUGUCUAAAAAUAAAGUACAGUGGUAAAUAUG